AUGCACCAUCAGUCUGACAAUGACCCCUCCCACAGCACCUUCUCUCCCGAAGGCCGUUUGUUCCAGGUCGAAUACUCUCUCGAAGCUAUCAAACUAGGUUCCACAGCGAUUGGAGUAGCAACAUCCGAGGGCGUCAUCCUCGGUGUCGAGAAGCGCGUCACCUCGACCCUGCUGGAGGCAUCCUCCGUAGAGAAGAUCGUCGAAAUCGACCAGCACAUCGGCUGCGCCAUGUCCGGCCUGCAGGCGGAUGCCCGGAACCUGGUCGAGCACGCCCGCGUUGAGUGCCAGAACCAUGCCUUCCACUAUGCCGAGCCGCUGCGCGUGGAGAGCACCACGCAGGCGAUUUGCGAUCUGGCGCUCCGGUUCGGUGAGAGCGGCGACGACGAGGAGAGUGUCAUGAGCAGACCGUUCGGGGUGGCGUUGUUAAUUGCUGGUUAUGACGAGGAUGGUCCGCAGCUAUAUCACGCUGAACCCUCGGGUACAUUUUACCGUUACGACGCCAAGGCUAUCGGUUCCGGAAGCGAGGGCGCGCAGGCCGAGCUGCAGAAUGAAUAUCAUCGCUCCUUGACGCUGCCCGAGGCCGAGACCCUGGUGCUGAAGACGCUGAAGCAGGUCAUGGAGGAGAAGCUGGAUGCCAAGAACGUUCAGCUUGCGAGCGUGACCAAGGAGAAGGGUUUCCGCAUCUACAAUGACGAGGAUAUGGGCAAGGCUGUUGCGCAGCUGGGUGGGAAUCAAUGA